AUGACAACUUCAUCUCAACCUUCCAAGAACAACACCACAGUUGAUAAAAAUAUCACAUCCACCGAGGAUAAAGAAAUCGGCGUUUCAACAACCAAUACUACCACUCCAGCGAUUUUAUCCAAUAAACAAAAUAAAAAUGUAAUCAACUCCGAUAAACUUCCCAGUUCAUUGAAAAUGCCUUCGCAAAGCAUAAAAUUUAAAGAACCACAAAUUCCAGACAGGUCAAAGGUGCCGAGGCGAAAAAGAACGCCAUAUGUCUGGGAUGAUCAGUUAAAUCCCGUUUAUGAUGAAGACAGUUUGAGAUAUAACGAGGAAUGGCGAAAAAAUGGUGGUAGUGAAAAAUUUUUUGAUUCGAAGAGAAUGGAAGUUGAUGGUAGAGCUGAAGAUAAUGAUGAGUUAAGAAGUAAAUAG